CCAUAGGUUAUCUUUGUUUUGUAACUAUGUGUAUAUAGCUUUUUUCAAACCGUUUUAUUGUUAUCAACAUAUAUUAUUAAGUUUUUAAUAUAAAUUGGCAAUUGAUAGUGUUCCGAAGCAAUGGGCGUAAGAGGCUUUACAACUUAUAUGUCUAAACAUUCCCAUCUCUUUCAUGAAACCUUCAAAUUGAAAAAUUCUUAUAUCAUUAUAGAUGGGAGUGGUAUUGCUAUCAGUUUAUAUGUUUGGCAUACAAAAUCACAUGAUUGUUAUGGAGGCGAUUAUGAUAGUUACGCCAACACAGUAUACAAGUUCUUCAACUUGUUGAAAAAAUGCAAUGUUAUUCCUAUAAUAUUAUUUGAUGGUGGAUACGAAAACCGCAAACUCAGAACAGUCCUAAGUCGUAUGAAGAGCCGAAUAUGUUCAAUUAAGAAGCUUAGCAGUUCCAAAUCGAGGGCCAUGAAUAUAUUUCCAUUGUUCACAAAAGAAAUAUUUCAAGAUAUUGCAUUGUCAUUAGGAGUAAAAUGUAUAAGAAAUGAUCAUGAAAGUGAUAGUGAAAUAGCUUGUUUAGGAAAAUUUCUGGAAUGUCCAAUAUUAGGAUACGACUCUGAUUUUUAUUUCUUUGAUACAUUGUACAUACCAUUUGUAGAAUUUCAAAUGAGAUCAGUUGUUGAUAAGGAAUCUAGUAGAAAAGACCAUUAUAUACCCUGUAAAGUAUAUAAAAUUGAUAAAUUUCUUACUUAUUUUGGAGGAUUGAACAAGACUAAUUUACCUUUACUUCCAGUUCUAUUAGGAAAUGAUUAUGUGAAAAAGAGUAUGUUUUCAUCAUUUUAUCAACAUAUAAAAAUCAAAAAAUCUAAAACUGAGAAUGAACAACAGAGAUUGAUAAAAUCUGUAAUAUGUUGGCUUAGAAAUGAAAGUUUGGAAUCUGCCAUAUCCAAAAUUCUAGGAAGAUUUCAAAUAAAAAAAAGAAAAUUAAUAUCUUUCAAACUUCAAAGUGCCAUGAAAGGAUAUCUACAAAACAACAGUACAAUAAUUGAGUAUUUAGGGGAUAUAGAUACACCAAUUUCCAAAAAAGAAGAAUAUGAAAUAGAUAUUUCAAAUAUUGUACCAACUGAAGCCGAUGAAAUAUUUAGUGAUUCUGACCCAAGUGACUCUAUUUCUGAAUUAAGUGAGGUAGAUAUUUCAGAAUUGCAGAAUAUCGAAAAUUUGGUAGACGAUAAUGACGAACCUGAAAUUGUAUCAACUGAAACAAAUGAAGAUUUAUAUUUCAUUGAAAAAUAUAGGAAUUGUUUAUUUCCGCAAUGUUUUGCUGAUAUAAAAUGGAAAAACAUGUAUUUUUGUCUACCACAAGUUGAAAACUAUGCAGACCCUAAUUCACAUAAAAUUAGUUUGGAUAUUCUAGCUUGUAUUCAUAAAAUCUUGAAUCCAAUGACUGAAAAAACUUUCAUUUGUGUUUUAAGAACAGAAGGCACAGUUAUUAAGAAAGAACAACAAAAACCAUAUAGUGGUAACUUACCGAGUUUAGACAAAAUUCAAGACUUCGAUCUUAAUGAACGUAAAUAUCACCUAUAUGAAAUUCUCAAGAUCGAUGUGACAUAUCAAAAAUUUAUAAAUAUGUUUCCAUCAAAUUGGCAUAUAUUUUUGUUAUCCAUUUAUUAUUGGAAAAAAAAUUCUAAGAAAGUAAUAGAUGUAUCAUAUAUUUAUUCGUUGCUUUUAUGUGCAAUAGUUCUCAAUUUCAUUGAUUCAAAAAUUGGUUUCUGUAGAUCUCCUAAAGUAUUUGAAAAAAAGUAUAAAACUCAAAAGCUAGAUGCUCUAUGCUCUAAAGCUGUAAUACAUUCAAAUUCAAUUAAAGAUUAUUUCAAAAGUAUUGAUCAUGAGGAAAGUCUUUUAUGUAUGAGAGCCUUGAUGCCUUUUUUUGCUAUACAGCCUAAAAAACCUGUUGAUAAAAAACUAAAUGAAGCAUCUAUCGUUGGUUAUUUUUCAGAAUUUCAGAGUUGUGUUUUGCAUAUUAAAUAUUUAAAUGCACUUCUUGGUUUUCCAUUUGACAAUUUUCUAUUUUCAAAAUUUUUUUGUGGAACAUUUUUGUAUAACACUGUUGUGGAUUUCAGAAGAAGAUCAAACUUAGAAUCUUACUUCGAAAUUUUGUUGAAAGAUUGCAAGAAUAUAAGGUGCAGUGUACAAAUGAUAGUUCAAUAUAUAGAAGAGUAUAUUGGCCCAUUUUGUGAAAGUGAUGCCAAAAAGCGAAAGAAAAGGAAGAAGAAGCAGAAUAAACAAAUAGCUUUUGAAAAUGAAGUUUUUAUUUAGUAAAAAAUUUUAUCCAAGAUUUUUAUAUAUUUCAACUUUGUGACAAGAUUCUGUUGAAUAAAUUUUUUUUUAUAUUAUUUUUUAUCCAAGAUUUUUAUGUUUCAACUUUGUGACAAGAUUCUGUGGAAUAAAUUUUUUUUUAUAUUAUUAUUUUUUGUCUCUUAGAAAAACCUAAGCUUUUAAUAUAUUUUCAAAAUUACUAAGGUAAUACUUUGUAUAGAUUUGGAAACUCAAUCAACAUGUAUUAGUUCACAUGCCGAGAUAUUCUUAAUAGUUCAGUAAUGUGAUACCUCCACAUGGAUUUAUGUAGAUCUAAUUUUUCAAGUACUAGCGUUCUAACAAAUAAAAACAUUGCUUGAAAUUUUUCAUAUCACACAAAAUAUGAUGAAAUGAUUUGUGUGGGAGACCUGUAUAUAUGAACUUUUCUUUCAUUUUGCCAAUGAAAAAAGAAUAGGGUAAAUGCACUGGUUAGCCGACCAGCACUGGAUCUCGAUCAUUCCGUGAUUUGAGAUAAAAUAAUAAUAAA